UGUUAACAAUGCAGUAAGUGUCCAACUUUGUACUGCAUUCUAAUUCUGCCUGUAGUUGGGAGAAAAUGGAGUCUAUUCUCAUGAUAUUUACUCGAGCCUACCGUUGAAAAAGUUCGAUACAUUAUCGUAUGGAUUGUGCAACAAAGGAUUGGAUAUAAAGUUUUCCCGAAAAGCGUAUUUGGUUGGAUUCUUUCUCGGAUUAAAGCUGAAUGAUACUUCUAUCACAUGGCGCAGAUGGGAGCCAGAACGGUUUGGGGCAAGAGUACCCUUGUCACCCCUCACAUGACUUGGAAUAAGGAGGAAUGUGACCCCUAAAACACACACACCAUGGCACGCCAGUGGGAUUCCUAUCAGUAGGAGCCAGCCACACAGAGACAAACAAAAACAGUAAUACAGAGAGAGAAAGAGGAAUCCCAAUCUCACAUAUCUUUGCACAGCUUCGGAGUGUGUGUGUGUGUGUCAGUUUUUGGGUGAGAAUUUGAGUGUGUGUUCCAUAGACUAAAACGGGAGUGUCAUGAGGCCCAAGACGUUUCCCGCUGCUCCGUACAUGGGCAACACGCGCCAGCGCCUCCAGGAGAUCAAGGAGGGGCUGAAGCAGCCGGCCAAGCUGAUGAGCCAGGCCCUCCACGGGGGCAGCUCCCGGGGCGAGGGGGGCCGCGGGGCCGAAAGCAAGAGCAAAGACCCCGGCAGUCGCCAGCAGCAGCACCGGCCCCCUCAGAAGUUCAACAAUUACCAGAAUGCUCUGAGGGAGAUCCAAAAGUCCCUCAGGCCGUUUGAAUACAAGUCUGGACCCUCUUCUGGCUCUGCCCACCCCGCUGGAGACGUCAACCGACAGAUGCUGCAGGAGCUGGUCAAUGCUGGCUGUGACCAGGAAAUGGCGGUGCGGGCUCUGAAGCAGACGGGCAGCAGAAACAUUGAGGCUGCUCUGGAAUACAUCAGUAAGAUGGGAUACCUGGACCCACGCAAUGAACUCAUCGUCCGGAUUAUCAGGCAGACCUCGCCAGGCAAAGGGGGCAUGCCAAACUCAAUGGACCACAGACCACCAUUGGAGGGAACAAGUGAGGGUGCCAUGCCUCCCUACCACCAGAUGGGGGCACCGAUGUAUGAGGGUGCUGGCUAUGGGCCAGAGGGGCCCUACAUGGGUGCCCCUCCUGUCAUGAACUACAUGAUCCCCCCCUCGGGCACAGCACAGGGCCCUGCCAUGGUUAACCCCAUGGGACGCCCGCCCAGUAUUGGAGCCUACCCUCCAUCCAUGGCCGCCCAGAACAAUCCAGGGAACCCCAUGUACCCCCCAGGUGCCCCGCAAAAGGCCUACCCAGGCAGCAUGGAGCAGGCCAUGAUUGGCUACAGCGUCCCUGGCCAGCCUCUGCAGCCCCAGGCACCAGGAGGCCCCAUCCCCGUACCCCACUACGACUACAGCCACGGCCGGCCUCACAUGAUGGAGCCCUCGGGCUACGGCAUCAAGAGGAGCGCAUCCUUCCAGAACAAGAUGCCACCGCUGGCGCCCGACAACUACGUCAACAUGCAGGUUAAAGGGGCCAUGGGCCAGAAUGGGGGAGGGUACACCCCUAACCUGUACCUACCGCCCCACUCACACCCCCGGCAGUCCAGCCCCACCUCAAACCAGGUCCACAUGAUGUCCCGCUCGCCCGGUGGAGCUGCCGCUGCCAUGGGGCCAGACUUCUCUGACCUCCCCCAGGGCCUGCUCACGCCCUCCAGAGCCAGUCUCAACCUGGACCUGUACGAGCAGCACCAACACCACUGGGCCGGGCCCCAGGGGCCUGAGGGGGCCCCUCCAGCCAGGCAGCCCCAGCCUCAGGGGCCCUUCCGGGGAGAGGUGCGGGUCCCCAGCAGGACCAACUCCUUUAACAACCGCUCAGCGCCCCCCAACAACAUCCGGCCCACUUUGGUACCUCCAGCUCCCGGCAAGCAGGACCCAUCCCUGGGUCCACCCAACACCAUCACGGCGGUGACGUCGCCCCCCAUCCAGCAGCCGGUGAAGAGCAUCCGGGUGAUGAGGCCCGAGCCAAAGACAGCUGUGGGGCCGUGUCACCCUGGCUGGUUGGCUGCUCAGGAAGCAUCUGAGCCCCUCGCUUACAUGCCUGAAGAGGCCUACGCUCUGGAGCCUGCCCAGGAGCCCCGCUGUCCACCACCCCCCUACCCCAAAACCCUGCUCAUAUCUGGGGCUUCUUCAGAGGCAGGGCCCCUGGAGGCCUCAGACCUCAACACCCCUGCUAGGCCUCACGGUGGCAGUGGAGGAGGAGGGGGAAAGGCAGAAGAGAGCCAGGUGAAAGAGAAGACCAAGUCUGGAAAAGGAGAGAAGGCAGUGAAGGACAAGAAGCAGAUCCAGACAUCGCCGGUGCCGGUGAGGAAGAACGGGCGUGAUCAGGAGAAGAGGGAAUCGCGCAUUAAAAGCUACUCACCCUUCGCCUUCAAGUUCUACAUGGAGCAGCAUGUGGAGAAUGUGAUGAAGACCCACCAGGAAAAACUGAACCGCAGGCUACAGCUGGAGCAGGAGAUGUCCAAGGCUGGCCUAUCAGAGGCCGAGCAGGAGCAGAUGAGGAAGAUGCUGAACCAGAAGGAGUCCAACUACAACCGUCUGCGCCGUGCCAAAAUGGACAAGGCCAUGUUUGUCAAGAUCAAGACACUGGGCAUCGGGGCCUUCGGCGAGGUGUGCCUGACCCGCAAGGUGGACACGGGAGCCCUGUACGCCAUGAAGACGCUGCGCAAGAAGGACGUGCUCAAUCGCAACCAGGUGGCCCAUGUCAAGGCUGAGCGUGACAUCCUGGCGGAGGCAGACAACGAGUGGGUGGUGCGUCUGUACUACUCGUUCCAGGAUCGUGACAGCCUCUACUUCGUCAUGGACUACAUCCCCGGAGGAGACAUGAUGAGCCUGCUGAUCCGCAUGGGCGUCUUCCCCGAGCCGCUGGCAUGCUUCUACGUGGCUGAGCUGACCCUGGCCAUCGAGAGUGUCCACAAGAUGGGCUUCAUCCACCGCGACAUCAAGCCUGACAACAUCCUCAUCGACCUGGACGGACACAUCAAGUUGACUGACUUUGGCCUCUGCACUGGCUUCCGCUGGACACACAACUCCAAGUACUAUCAGAAAGGGAGCCACAUCAGGCAGGACAGCAUGGAGCCCAGUGACUUCUGGGAUGACGUGUCCAACUGUCGUUGUGGCGACCGGCUGCAGACCCUGGAGCAGCGGGCAACACGACAACACCAGCGCUGCCUGGCACACUCCCUGGUGGGCACGCCCAACUACAUCGCUCCUGAGGUGCUGCUGCGCAAAGGGUACACCCAGCUGUGUGACUGGUGGAGUGUGGGAGUGAUCCUCUUUGAGAUGCUGGUGGGACACCCACCCUUCCUGGCCCCGACACCCACCGAGACACAGAUAAAGGUGAUAAACUGGGAGAGCACGCUGCAGGUGCCCCCGCAGGUUAAGCUCAGCUCAGAGGCUGUCGACAUCAUCGGCCAUCUCUGCUGCUCCCCUGAGGAGCGUCUUGGGAGCAACGGCGCCGGCGAGAUCAAGACUCACCCCUUCUUCGACCAGAUGGACUUCUCCAGCAACCUGCGCACCCAGCCCGCCCCCUACCAGCCCAAGAUAGCCCACCCCAUGGACACAUCCAACUUCGACCCAGUGGAGGAGGAGGGGGGUCCCGGGGCAUGGAGUGACAGCGGUGACAGCACACGGGCCUGGGAGACCCUCUGCACACCACACGGGAAACACCCGGAGCACGCCUUCUACGAGUUCACCUUUCGCAGGUUUUUUGACGACAACGGCUGCCCCUUCCGCUACCCCAAGCCCCCUGAGAUCAGCCACAGCCAGGGGCCUCCCAGCAGUAGCGGAGCCAGCAGCAUGGGCCCUGAGGAGGAAGAGGAUGAGGAAGAGGAGGAGGAAGAGCAGGGGGAGCCUGUGUAUGUGUAGAAGAGCCCAGACUGUUGGCUUUCUGAACAAUGAUUCCCCCCCCCCCCCUCUUCUCUCUCGCUCCAACAAUCAACACUUAGCACCUGGGGCCCUGGCUGCCAUUUUUUUAUCUACCGCUGUUCUUCUCAGAGGUGUGUGUGUGUGUGUGUGUGUGUGUGUGUGUGUGUGUGCCUCUAUACUUGUGUGUGUGUGUGUUUGAGAGACUGAGAACAGGACGACCUGACAUCUGUUUAACAAUUCAGACACUACUGUGUGGAAUUUCCAGCAUGAGCAAAGACUACAAUAAGAAUCCCUGAUCUGGGACCAAUAACAACUAACUGUACAAGGGCUAGGGAUGGGAUAAUGAAGCCAGAGGACAGUUCUGAAAGCAAACUAAUCAGAACAGGAACAGAUAGGUCUUCUAUGGAAAUUAAAGUAUCUGCUGCGCUGUGGAGGUUUACAAAAGUGUUCAGAUAAGAGUUUGACACUAGGACCGUGACCAUGCGUGGCCCUAGUGCUCUAUCCCAUUCCUUCGCCUUGGGUCUUAGAGAUCUCUUCUUCCAGGUUAGCCUUACCCCAGGAAGUAAACACAAACACUUCCUGGACUUCAGGUUGGUCUGGACUGAAUUAGCUGGUGGUAGAGGGGAAGAGUGCAACACUUCUCACACAGCUGUGACAAAGUAAGUUACCAAAAUACAAAUUCACAUGCGCACAUGAACACUUUAAAAGAUGGUUGAACUACACAAUUUAGGAGGAAGCAAUGAGGUUGUCCUCUGCAGCUAACCCACAUAAAGCCUUGUGCAUACCGAUUGUGUAAAAUGUAUGCGUUCCGACAGAAGUCCAUUCAUUUCAAUGGGAGGCAAUCCUCACCUCUGAGACUCAUCUGCCGGACUCGGUUGCGAUGCUUGUCGCUGCGUGUAGUGUGUUGCAUGCCUGUGUUGGAUUUUUCCAACUUGUGCUGUUGCUUUGCCGUGCGGUAUCAGGAACGGAAGUAGAUAAUCCACCGAAGAAGUUGCUAAUAUGUAGCUAAUGUGUAGCAUGAUUAUUUUUGUUAUGAUGCGGUGCAUGGAUUGCGAAGACUACGUAAAAUUUACCGUUCGGCAAUGUAAUAAUGCAACCUGUGUGCACACGGCGUAAGUCGCGGCAUUUUUCAAAGUUAGUCUGACAUGUAAGUCUAGGCAUACCCCAGCUGUGACUCCUACCUUUAGCUUCACACUCACUGUUUUUCCAAAUAGGAGAUGUGGUAUAAAGCCCACUUUUGUUGUUCCCACUCACCCCUAAAUGUCUUCAGGAUUCUGUUUUGAGUAUCAGACCUAAGGGAAUGUUUGUGACGGGUAAGUACUCGUAGCAACAACAACAAAUUCCUUUGGUUGAAGUGCCAGCUGCCAGAUACAUGGAUGACAUUGUUAAUCGAGUCAGUCAAUUCCACUCUCAAUAUUAUUAUGAUGACUAUGUUUUAUUGAGCUAAUUUUGCAGAGUCCUGAGGAAGGUGGACUGCAAGUGUGUAAUCAUUGCUUUGUUACAGAUAUGGAUCUCAUGAUUACAUACAUAUUUGCUAAGCAGUCACGGCUAUCCAUGUCUUCACACAACACAUACAUUACACCUGCUCAAUGACUGUCAUGUACAGUGACAUUACUGGCACCAAGAGCAGUGCAUUUUAGCCUCCUUGACAAAAGCCCUACCUGCUAAUCCACCACUUACAAACACACGCUCAGUAUUAUACAGUUAACACAUUGGAGUGUCCACACAGUCUCCUCUGUCCAUAUGGAGACAGAUGUGAAAACUCUGUCAGAAACAUAUGUAAUAGUAUGACUAUGUGCAAUACAGAAAAUACGAUAUAUAGUUUUCUAAACACUUACAAUUACCAUUUUGACCUUGUAAUACUGAAACACGCUAUGUACAAAUAUACAUUAUAUUGGUUUAUAUAUUUUCCUUAUAGUUACAUGACCCAAUGCUGCUUAUUAUUGUGAUUUAAUAUUAUUAUUAUUAUUUACAUUAUUUCAUUUAUACGUACUUCUUUCCUUUUAUGCAAGUGUGGGUUUGAUUGCCAGUGUGUUUGGUUUGGAAAGUGACGAACUGUGUGCCUUCUAGAGGAAUGUUGGUAUGUAUCUAUCCACCGCAAGAUGAUGAUGAUGAGGAUGAUGAUGAUCAGUGUUUGUGCAGAAUAACGACAGCAGCGUUCCUACUCUGCAACCAGGCUGGUCCUGUGUAUAGGAGACUAGGGCGGAAGAGACAGACAUAGUGAUAGAGAAAGAAAGAUGCGUUUCAGAGACAAAACGAAAGCAAGGCAGGAUUGGCUAUAAAAUGAAAAAUAUAUGAAUGAAUAGCUUUCUCUAUGUUACAAGAACAGGUGGCAAAUGACAAAAACGUACACUACCAGUCAAAAGUUUGAACACACCUACUCAUUCAAGUUUUUUUUUUUUUACUAUUUUCUAUAUUGUGGAAUAAUAGUGAAGACAUCAAAACUAUUAAAUAACUACUUUGAAGAAUCAUCUAGUAACCAAAAAAGUGUUAAACAAAUCAAAAUAUAUUUCAGAUUUUCAAAGUAAACACCCACUGCUUUGAUGACAGCUUUGCACAUGCUUGUCAUUCUCUCACCCAGCUUCACCUGGAAUGCUUUUCCAACCGUCAUGAAGGAGUUCCCUCAUAUGCUGAGCACUUCUUGGCUGCUUAUCCUUCACUCUGCGGUCCAACUCAUCUCAAACCAUCUCAAUUGGGUUGAUGUCGGGGUAUUGUGGAGGCCAGGUCAUGUGAUGCAGCACUCCAUCACUCUCCUUAUGGUCAAAUAGCCCGUACACAGCCUGGAGGUGUGUUGGGUCAUUGUCCUGUUGAAAAACAAAAUGAUAGUUCCACUAAGCGCAAACCAGAUGGGAUGGCGUAUCGCUGCAGAAUACUGUGGUAGCCAUGCUGCUUAAGUGUGCCUUGAAUUCUAAAUAAAUCACUGACGGUGUCACCAGCAAGCACCAUCACACCUCCUCUUCCAUGCUUCACGGUGGGAACCACAUAUUCGGAGAUCCUCCGUUCACCUACUCUGCAUCUCACAAAGACAUUGCGGUUAGAACCAAGAAUCUAAAAUUUGGACUCAUCAGACCAAAGGACAGAUUUCCACUGGUCUUAUGUCCAUUGCUCGUGUUUCUUGGCCCAAGUAAGUCUCUUCUUAUUAUUUGUGUCCUUUAGUAGUGGUUUAUUUGCAGCAAUUCGACCAUGCCUAGUUAAAUAAAGGUUCAAUAAAAUAAAAUAAACUAACAAAUGAAAGCCUGAUUCACAAAGUCUCCUCUGAACAGUUGAUGUGUCUGUUACUUGAACUCUGUGAAGAAUUUAUUUGGGUUGCAAUUCCUGAGGCUGUUAACUUAAAUGAAUUCAUCCUCUGCAGCAGAGAUAACUCUGGGUCUUCUUUUCCUGUAUCGGUCCUCAUGAGAGCCAGUUUCAUCAUAGCACCUGAUGGUUUUUGUGACUGCACUUGAAGAAACUUUCAAAGUUCUUGAAAUGUUUCGUAUUGACUGACCUUCAUGUCUUAAAGUAAUAAUGAACUGUCAUUUCACUUUGCUUGUUUGAGCUGUUCUUGCCGUAAUAUGGACUUGGUCUUUUACCAACUAUGGCUAUCUUCUGUAUACCACCCCUACCUUGUCACAACCCAACUGAUUGGCUCAAACACAUUAAGAAGGAAAGAAAUUCCACAAAUUAACUUUUAACAAGGCACACCUGUUAAUUGAAAUGCAUUCUAGGUGACUACCUCAUGAAGCUGGUUGAGAGAAUGCCAAGAGUGUGCAAAGCUGUCAUCAAGGGAAGGGUGGCUACUUUGAAGAAUCUCAAAUAUAAAAUAUAUUUAGAUUUGUUUAACACUUAUUUGGGCACUACAUGAUUCCAUAUGUGUUAUUUCAUAGUUUUGAUGUCUGCACUAUCAUUCUAAAAUGUAGAAAAUAGUACAAAUAAAGAAAAACCCUUGAAUGAAAGUUGUGUCCAAACUUUUGACUGGUACUGUAUGUAUUAUUGGUACAUUUUAAUGCAUCCUAAUGACCACGUGUUCAUUUGACCAUUUGAUAUUAUGCUUGUGUUACUUAAUUGUGUUGUGUUAUGCAGUGGAGCACUGCUCAAUGCAGGAAAUGCUUUAUUUUCUCCAAUAUCUCUAAAACUAUAUGCUUUUUGACAAUCAGCUAUUGAUGCAGUCUUGUGUGUCCAACUGAAUAACUGUACAACAGUAUUCCAUAUUUGAUUGUUGUACUGACUAGGAAGGAUUAGGAAGUAGCAAGUUCUGCCUUAUGUCAAUUCCUAUACAUUGAGUGCACUCAUAUCUCAAAGAUCAAAUUUGUGACAUGUGAGGGGAAUAUUUUAAACAAUUACAAUUGUUAUUUAAAUGUGGCAAUAGUGUUUUUGCUCACUUGCAUGACAAAAAUGAAUUGAAAUUGACAUUUUUAGAAUGUGUCUCAUGUCUUUAGGAUUGGGCUGCAAAUUCACUUAAUUUGAUCGUCGUUGUCAACGCAAGUAGGAUUGCCAAUCCACAUUCACCGGGAUGGACUACUCAGUGAAAUAGCUUUAUGGAGAAACUGCUCACCAAGUUAGUUUUCUAGUGUUUGUGUGUGAGGUGUGCCCUGGAUGACGUGUGUUUUCCCUGUAUCUAAGUUUUGAAAGUGAUGACUGACAAUCUUUGACUGAUUUGAGAUCUAAUGUGGUGACUCAUGAUGUAACUUACUUGUACCUUUUUGUAUUUUUACCCUUGGGAGUUUCUCAUGUCUUCGAUCCUCCUUAAUGUAUAAUACAAUUCUGUUACUCUUGAAUAUAUAUAUUUAUACAGAUAUACAUACUUUAAAAAAAUCUUUAUUCAUUUGAAUUUCCUCUGAGCUAAUGUUCAAACAUCCUUGUCUGCAGUAUUAUAGACAGUAUAAUUUUGACAACAUAUAUAUCUCCUUUUUUACAUAUGUAUGAAUUGAGAAAUUUGUAAAAAUGCUUUCACUGUCCUCACAUGUAAAAUAUAUGUAUAAAUUAAAUUAACCAGUUUCCA